CACUCUGAGAUUUUGAUGGAGCGGCGUCCUAUCUGUCAGACCGCCGUCACAAAGACGUCAGACACAGGCGGAUGGCAACAAUCCGCAUGUUGUUUGCCAUUCGAUUCCUGCUACACUGCCGGUCCACAUUUUCCAACAUUUCCACACGUUCUCAUAUCGAUUUUCAUGCUAACACCCUUGAACUUUCCUCCACCUUCUCCGCAUCGCACGCAACCACUUCACAAUUUCCCGCAGUCCGACACAGAGAAACCAAUAAGUAUAAUUUUAUGUGGAAUGGAUUUCAGGAUAUGUACAUUCUCUCACAUAUGUGUGUAUGUACAUUGUUUUUCUUAUUGUCAUAGACGACGCCAUUAUUUAGCGGAUAUUUCAAAUCUAAUCGACCAAUCACCGAACUGCACCGAACAGAUAAUUGGGUUGCCAAUAAUAAAAAGAUCUCGUUUAACGCUAGGAUUCGGUCUGCGUUAAUCGAGGCGUAUUGGACUAUCAUUUAUAUUGGGUUAUCCAGAGAUUUCGUGCCAAUUUUCGCUAAGUGGUUUUACA